UUAGGCAGUGAUUUGAAGAUACUGCGCAGUGACUCCCACUUCCGCCAAUCGCUAGAUCCGUUUCCUCCAUAUAUAUCAUCUAGGUGAAGCAGUGCAGUCUAGAAAUUAUAGUUGGGGAUAGGGAAAUUAAUGGAGGCUUCUGCGAAUGGUGGUAGCGCUGCGGACGCGGAAGAGCUUCAGCACUGCUCCUACGCGAUGCAGCUGGCUAGCUCGAUGGUGCUUCCGAUGGUGUUGCAGGCAGCGGUGAAGCUGGAGGUGCUGGAGAUCAUAGCCAAAGCGGGUGGUGGCGCCCAACUCUCCGCCUCCGAGAUCGCCGCCCAGAUGCCUACUUGCCGUAACCCCGAAGCGCCGGACCUCCUGGACCGGAUGCUCCGCCUCCUGGUCAGCCACUCCGUCCUGACUUGCUCCAUGGCCCAGGGUGGCCCGCGCUUCUACGGGCUUGCCCCCGUCGCCAAAUAUUUUGUCCGCAACCAAGACGGAGCGUCGUUUGGCCCCAUGCUCUCCCUCAUUCAGGACGAGAUCUGUCUGGCCAGCUGGUUUCAUCUGAAGGCAACGAUUCUGGAUGGAGGCAUCCCAUUUAAAAGGGCCCAUGGGAUGGAUGCAUUUGACUAUAUCUGCAAAGAUCAAAGGUUCAGUGAUGUCGUGAACGAGGCAAUGCUCAAGCACACAACAAUAAGCAUGAAGAAAAUCCUCCAGUCCUACAAGGGCUUUGAGCAGCUCACGGAGGUGGUUGAUGUUGGCGGAGGGCUCGGAAUUACGCUCAGAAUCAUCACAUCGAAAUACCCCCACAUUAAUGGCUUCAAUUUUGAUCUCCCACAAGUGAUCCAACAUGCCCCAGCCUAUCCUGGUGUGGAACAUGUUGGGGGAAAUAUGUUUGAAAGUGUUCCAAAAGGAGAGGCAAUCAUUUUGAAGUGGAUACUUCACGAUUGGAGUGAUGAACACUGCUUGAAGUUGCUGAAGAAUUGCUACAAAGCUCUACCGGACGGUGGAAAGGUGAUUGUAGUGGAAGGAAUUCUCCCGACGACGCCUGAUGCUAGCGCUGCUACAAUAGCGAAUUACGGGAUGGAUCUGGUCAUGAUGACUCAAAACCAUGGAGGCAAAGAGCGCACGCAAGAGGAGUUUCUUGCCUUGGCAACUGGAGCUGGAUUUUCAGGCAUUAGAUUGGAGUGUUUCGCCGCCAACUUUUGGGUCAUGGAAUUUUACAUGUAGAUGCAUGCUCAACAUUAGAACAAGGGUUUGAACUUGCUUUCUGAAUCACUAUUCGAUUAACUCCAGUUUUAAUUGCAUCAAACCAUUUUGGUUAAUCUAUUCUCUUGGAUUGCAUCACCA